GCUGUAGAUAAUUUUGUUGUUGGUGUUGCUGUUCCUGGUGUCGUCGUGCUUGGUGUCGUUGUUCUCAGUGUUGUAGUUCUUGGUGUCGUUGUUACAGAAGCAAUCGUUAUUGGAACAAAUAUAGAGUUUUCGAUUUUGGUGUUGCUUUUCACAUCAUCAUUAGUGUUGCGUAGUGUUGUGUUUUUGGUACCGUUGAUGCUAUUUUGGUGUUUUGGAAAGUUUUUUGGUCGUUAUGGUGGUGACGUUAUUGCCCUUGGUUAUUCUUUGGUUCUUCAUCGGU